UCAACACUUCUUCAUUUUAUUUGGUUGCAUCCCUCUUUCUUUCUUUGUUUUAACAUGACUUCUUCAUCACCAUUAUUGUUCACAGUGCGGAGGUCCCAACCAGAGUUGGUACUUCCAGCUGCACCCACUCCUCAUGAAGUUAAACUCCUCUCUGACAUUGAUGAUCAAGAAGGCCUUCGUUUCAAUCUUCCUGUCAUAUUUGUCUUUCGUCAUGAACCUUCAAUGAAAGAGAAAGACCCUGUUAAGGUUCUUAAACAUGCACUCUCACGAACACUUGUUUAUUACUAUCCAGGUGCAGGAAGGAUUAGGGAGGGUGCUGGGCGCAAGUUGAUGGUGGAUUGCACCGGGGAGGGUGUCAUGUUCAUUGAAGCUGAAGCUGAUAUAACACUUGAUCAAUUUGGUGAUGCUCUGCAACCUCCAUUUCCUUGCUUCCAAGAAAUUCUAUGUGAUGUUCCAGGCUCAGAAUAUAUUAUUGACCGUCCCAUCCGACUUAUACAGGUUACACGUCUCAAGUGUGGUGGUUUCAUAUUGGCCUUGAGUUUGAACCAUACAAUGGGUGAUGGAUCUGGUUUAAGACAAUUCGUGUCUGCAUGGGCAGAAAUAGCUCGAGGAGCAAAUCAACCUUCCAUUCAACCUGUAUGGAAUAGGGAGAUUCUAAUGGCAAGAGACCCUCCAUACAUUACUUGCAACCAUCGUGAAUAUGAACAAAUACUUCCGCCAAAUACGUACAUCAAGGAAGAAGAUACUACUAUUGUAGUCCAUCAAUCUUUCUUCUUCACAUCCGCUCACAUAGCUGCGAUUCGUCGCUUGGUUCCACUUCACCUUUCUCGGUGCACUGCAUACGAUCUUAUCACUGCAUGUUAUUGGUGCUGCCGCACAAAAGCAUUGCAGGUAGAACCAGAUGAAGAUGUGCGAAUGAUGUGCAUCGUUAAUGCACGCUCGAGGUUUAGUGCUAAUAACCGUUCGUCGCUCAUUGGAUAUUAUGGCAACUGUAUUGCUUUCUCGGCGGCAGUCACCACCGCAAAGGAGCUUUGUGGAAACCAAUUAGGUUAUGCAGUGGAGUUGAUAAGAAAAGCAAAAGCUCAAGUUACAGAGAAGUACAUGCACUCAUUGGCAGAUUUUAUGGUUAUUAAGGAACGAUGUUUAUUUACAAAGGGAAGAACAUGUAUGGUGUCAGAUUGGACUCGUGCUAAGUUCUCAGAAGUGAAUUUCGGAUGGGGUGAAGCUGUGUAUGGUGGAGCAGCAAAAGGUGGAAUUGGAUCUUUUCUUGGGGGAACCUUUCUUGUCACGCAUAAGAAUGCAAAAGGAGAAGAAGGGUUAAUAUUACCAAUUUGCUUGCCUCCUGAAGAUAUGAAGAGGUUUGUUAAGGAGUUAGAUGAUAUGCUUGGUAACCAAAAUUAUCCUACAAUGAGUGGUCCUAGUUUCAUCUUGUCUACCUUAUAGUUUGUAGCUUGUGAUGUUCCGAUUGAUAUAUAAAUGAUUCAGUGUGAGUGAGUCAAGUUAAAUAAA